AUGGAUUCAGACCAAAUAGAUGGAGGCAAUCUGAGCCGUGGCAAAAAGAAGGGGGUAAGGGUAAAUGGGAAACAUGUAGCCUCUUCAGAGUGGGACAGAAGAAGUACUGAUCUGCCCAUAAUCCAGACUAAUUUAUCUGCUCCAAGCCCCACUGACAACUCCACUAUAAUUUCAAUCGGCCCACACUGCUGGCCCACUGUCUCCAUUGAAUCACAGCCUGAUGACUACACUUAUGCUGAUGAAUGGAAUAGAGAAAGGCACCCGGACAACCUACCUCCAGAAGGGGGUGUUUCUAUUGUUUCUGAACAAACAAUGGAGGAACUGAAAAGGCUAUUGAAGGAGCGUUCCAAACAAAAUACAAGAGAGAGAAAUGAAGACCAAUUAAUUGGUCAUCGCUGCCACAUGCCUGGACAGAGAAUUGACUGUAAACCAGAUGACAUACCAUCCAGGUCCUUCACAACCUUCAAGCCCACUCUAGGGAGUAGUAGAGUAGAGAGAACAAGAGAUAGUGCUUCAUCUGGCUGGGAAUCUAGUGGGUCAUUGAAGACUAGUGGGCAUACAAGCAGGCCCACCAAUUUUAAGUUACCCACCAGUGAAAGGACAUCCUGGGUCACCAAUGGGAUAUCACAGACAGAUAACAAGGAGAAUCCACACACAGAAUACCAUGGGUCCCAAAACUUCAUUUCAGAGGUUGAACAUAUUAAGCAGCAGAUCAACCGUGAGAAUGUAGGCUUUGUUCGCUUUGAAGCCACUGAUCUCCAUGGUGUAUCUAGAUCCAAGACAGUUCCUGCUUCCUUAUUUCAUGAAAAAGCAGCUUAUGGUGUGCCCAUGCCUAGAAGCUACCUGGAGCUCACACUGAGCCCCAGAGAAAAUGAGGUUGACCAUCCAGUUGCUACCAGUUUCAACAGUGAUAUUCUUCUGAUCCCUGAUCUCUCCACCUUUCGAGUCCUUCCCUGGGCCGAACAGACUGCUCAUAUCAUUUGUGAUCCUUGUACAAUCACAGGGAUCCCUCUGCGCACUUCUCCUCGCUUUAUUGCUAAACUGAUGCUUGGUCAGCUUCAAGCCAUGGGAUUCUCCAUCCAUUCUUCUUUCACGUAUGAAUGCUGCAUCUUUGGAGUGUCAGAGCGGAUGGGCCCCAAGGUCAUAUUUUUCCCUGCCACUACUUUAUUGAGUAAUCAUGACAUGCCUUUCUUACAGCAACUAGUGAGAGGGAUGUACCACAUGGGCAUCAGUGUGGAUAGCUUUGCAUCUGCCAGUGGUCCAGGACAGAUGGAGAUCUGCUUCAAGCCUAAAUUUGGGAUUGAAGCUGCUGACAGUGCCUUCACCUUUCGUACUGGAGUUAAAGAAAUGGCCAGGAAGUAUAACUACAUUGCCACCUUCCUUACUGAUGACACCAUCUACAAUUCUGGCUGCCUGUCCCACAGUCUAUGGGAUGCCAAUGGCAGGAGAAAUCUUUUCCAUUCAGGCACUGGAGAGAUGUCUGAGAUUGGCAAGAACUGGCUUGGAGGGCUUCUCCACCACUCACCAGCUCUAAGCUGUCUAAUGGCGCCAGGGAUAGGCUGCCGCACUCAAUUAACCAAAGGCAAUAUUUCAAAGAGCACAUUCUAUGCCACUUGUGGCUGCAACGACAACAGUUGUGCUUUUAAUGUCAAGGUUCAUGGUGGGUGGGAGACCCACGUUGAGAACAAGCUUGGCUCAGCAAUGGCAAACCCAUAUAUAGUCUUGGCAGCUACCAUUGCAGCUGGAUUGGAUGGUAUCAAGCGUAACCUCUGCACAGAACUGUCUCUUAACAAAGCUCCAAUGCAGCAAAAACAGUUUGCCAUACCUGUUAAACUAGAGGACGCCUUAGUGGCCCUGUCAGAAGACAGUGUGAUUUGUGAGGCACUUGGUGAACCAUUUGUGAAUUAUUUCAUUGCCUUGAAACACCUAGAGAUUGAGACACAGGAGACUGAUAUGGACAGGAACAAGAAUCUGGAAUACUUCAUCUAGAUAUCAUUUUAAUGUGAUGAACCGGUUUCUCAGUUGGAAGUCAGGUAAAAUAUAA